AUGGAUCUCAUACCGAGUGCCUUUGUGGCACGUCCGUUGAAGAUUGUGGUUAUCGGUGCCGGUAUCUCGGGAAUUCAAUUUGCACACGAUGCGAGCACAUCGUUAUCAAAUGUCGAUCUUGAAAUCUACGACAGGAAUCCUUCCCUCGGGGGUACAUGGUAUGAAAAUCGGUAUCCCGGAUGCACAUGCGAUGUGCCUUCCCACACCUACCAGUUCAAUUGGGCGCCCAACCCAUCAUGGUCAUCGCUUUAUCCCCCAGCUCCCGAGAUUCAUCAAUACUUGGAGGAUGUGGCUGACAGGCAUAAUCUCCGCCACUUCAUGACCUUCAAUACCAGAUGUGUCUUGGCUGAAUGGAACGAAGAGUCCGCAAAAUGGAAAGUUGUGCUCCAAGACGUGGUUUCCAGUGAUGAAAAGACCGUCUUUGCCGAUGUUUUUGUCUAUGCUGUCGGGCGGUUGAACAACUACAAGUUCCCCAAGAUUGCGGGCCAGAAAAUCUUCCGAGGAGCCCAAGUACACACUGCAAAUUGGCCAGCUGAUAUGACUGCCAAGGACAAGCGAGUGAUUGUGAUUGGGAACGGUGCAAGCGCCAUUCAGUGCGUGGCAGCUUUGCAGCCAAUUGCUUCGAAAAUAACCAACAUUGCUCGAGGUCCGACGUGGAUCCUCCCACAUGCAGCGGCUGAAGAUGGUACGGUCCAGCGCGAAUACUCAACCGAACAGAAGCUAGCUCUCCAGGCUUCCCCUACGCGCUAUUAUGACUUUUGCGUUGCAUUAGAGCGGAGACUUGCCGGGAGUUUCACGGGACUUUGGAAAGGGACCCAGUCUCAAGCCAAUUUUACAGCAUUGGCACAUUCAUUCAUGAAGUCCAAGAUCACAAGUCCGGAACUUUUGAAUGCACUUCUACCAGAAUUCGAAGCUGGUUGUCGUCGCUUUACGCCCGGUGGUCACUAUCUGGAUGCGUUGCAGAAGCCCAAUGCCGGGUACGUGCAUGAUUCAAUCAGUAGUCUGACCGAGGAUAGUCUUAUCACUGAAUCGGGUGGGGAGUACGAGUGUGACAUAUUGGUAUAUGCCACCGGAUUUGAGCCCUACCAGCCACGGUUCCCAGUCAUUGGCCGAGCUGGGCGAUCUCUGAGUGCAGAAUGGGAUCGCGAGGGACCUUGUGAGAGUUAUAUGGCCGCGAUGGUUGCCGAGUUCCCAAACUUCUUUGUCUUCAAUCCUCCAAUCUGCCCCGUGAAUGGAUCCGCAGUUCCCGGUAUCGCAAGAGCAAGCGACUAUAUGAUUCGAAUCUUAUCCCGACUCCAGACUGACAAACUGCGAUCUGUCUCUGUCACUCAGCGGGCUCAACGUGCAUUUAACCAAUGGGUUCAGUCGAGAAUGCCUCACAUGGUCUGGUCAGGAUCGUGCAAAUCAUGGUACAAAAAUGACAAUGGAAAGGUGGUUGUUCCCUGGCCCGGCACUGUCCUCCACUACUAUGCGGCCACCGAAAUUGUCCGCUGGGAAGACUUCGAUCUAGUCUACGAGAACCCCGAUGAGAAGUAUGCAAGUUUCGGCAAUGGUGUGACUAUUGAUGGAUUCACGCCCAAUCGUUUCCCCUGGGUCAUUCCCCCCACCGAUGUUCCAAAGCUCGAAAGGAAUGUGGAGCCGGCCUCUGAAGACCUUGCUCCACCAAGCAACGUGUUGCAUCGUGUGACAAGUCAUUUCUUGCAGUCGCUGGGCGCAUGGCUGUAUCCUGUUCAAACUCCAAUCAAAGGUUGA